AAUGAAAGAGGCUUCAAACAUUAAUGAUGAGAAAAGACCUUUAGCUUCAAUACCUCUUCAAACGUUUUUAUAUUUUGAUUAUAUUUUCACAGUAUGGUACUUAUUAAUAUAAUAGUAUAUCUAUUUCAUAAUAGAAAUCAUAGUGUUUAUUUAUAAAGGAUAUGGAUUAUUUUAUCCACCAAAUAAGAUAGGGAUAGAAAUAUUUUUACAAUUUUUGCUAGCAUUCUGUUAAUUUCCAAGAUUGAUAUUGGGAUCAAUAGGAAAUAAAACUGAAUCUCCAUCUCAAAUUUUAUGGUAUUUUAAUUGAAUAUUUUAGGUUUGUAUUACUCAUUUUUCCAUGCAUUUUCUUUUACAUAUUUUUUAUUGUCUUAUAAACUUAUGUUGUAAUUUUGGAGAUAAUAAUAAAUGUAAUAGCAUUAAUAUUUAUUGUCUUUGAAUUAUUAUUUAGUUUGUCUGCAUUUUUAACCUUUAAAAAUUAUGAAAAACAACAAUGA